GGGCCCAGCGCAGAGUAUCGGGAGUAUAAAAGCGGCCGCGGACCUCCGAGCAGCAUCAGUCGCCCCAGUGACUACUCCCAACCACCUCCAAGCACCAUGGCAUUCAAGCUCGUCGUCCUCGCCGCCGCCCUGGCCGUGGCCAACGCCGGUCUGAUCGGCGCCCCCGUCGGCUACGCCGCCGCCCCCGUGUCCUACGGCUACGCCGCUGCCCCCGUGGCCGUCGGCACCCCCACCCUCACCUCCCAGUCCUCCAACACCCUGAGGACCUUCGGCAACCAGGGCCAGACCUCCUACGAGCAGAAGACCAUCCAGACCCCCUUCUCCAGCGUGUCCCGCUCUGACGUCCGUGUGAGCAACGACGCCCAGAUCCUCGCCCACGCCCCCGUCGCCGCCUACGCCGCCGCCGCCGCCCCCGCCUACGCCUCGUACGCCGCCCCCGCUGCCUACGCUGCCCACUCCUACGCCGCCCCCGCUGCGUACGCCGCCCCCAUCGCUAAGGCCUACGCCGCCCCCGCCUACGCCGCUGCCCCCGUCGCCCACGCUGGUCUCCUCGGCGUUGCCUACUCCGCUGCCCCCGUGGUCUCCCACAUGACCUACUCCAGCGGCCCCAUCACCUACGCCUACUAGAGUGCUCCACAAGACUGCCUCACCAACCUGUCAUCAAAAAUCAUUUAUUUAUUGAACCACCCCAGAACAGAAAAAUGACGGAGAUCUCAUCGUGAGUCAUCGUGUAAAUAACGAGACAAAUUAUUUAUUUCCCUAUUUAUUUGAAAAUAAAAUGAACCAACUACAGUAAA